AUGGAGCCUGGUCGUUGUUGGGUGAGAGGCCGCUGCUCAGUCCAGUCAGUCCACUGUGCGGUACCGGUACCGGUACCGGUACCGGUACACAUCGAAGAGGUGCAAGCCUCUGACCUCACACUGCAAAGGAUUGCCACAAAAAAUCGAGGAAUCAAACGAGAAACAAUCACCAACAAACGACAAUGUUCAUCACCAAAGAGCCCCAAAAUGAAAGCUGGAGUGAUUUCAAUAAGAAGUUUGGCCGGGAAGGAAGCUCUACUAAGCUUCUCGAGAGUUUGUCCUGUUCCUUUUCGAGUUUGUCUGGCGGAAGCUCACACUGUCGCGACUCGAGAGCAUUGCCGGGCCGAAGCAAGUCGUUCAGCGCAGAUAAGCGAGGACUGCCACGAAGCACCUCUGGUAGGGCGCUUACAAGGAACACUUCUGGACGCGGUCUGUCGAGAAACAAUUCUGGACUUGGCCUUGCUGGAGGGCCUAGCCGUCGAGCCCUGCUUGCCCACACCAAGAGCCAAGGCAACGUCAAGUUGGGAUCCCGCUGUUUCUCGUCCAAAGCUGCAUGAAGCCGAGAUUGGUGAUUGGGCAGGAUGA